AUGCCUGCGGCUCCGCAGCCAAUCAACCCAAAAGAGGAACACAAAAAAGUUGAAGACGGGAAUUUUAGGUUGUUCAGGGAGGUUUUGGGAGGUCUCGUUAUCGAGAAAUCAAGGAAUAUCAAGGAGAAAGUGAGGCGAAAGACGAAGGCGAAGAAGAUCGGAAAGGGGAAAGCGAGUAGGCGAGACAAUGGCAAGAGAGAUGAUGAAAAACUAGAUAGUACCGGCGGUGUAAAUCAGACGGAAAAUGGGGAAGGUGAUGAUAAAGAGGAGCUGGGGGAAUUUAUUGAUGUAAGUUUUCUUGGACUCCGUCAGCUUCGAAUUUACCGAUAUGUUGGAAGACUGACGUAUGUGGUAAAUACAGUACUUAACAACCGAAAUCUUUACCACUCUCCCAGCACCUCUUCGUACUCUCACUUACACCAUCCACCAGUCAACGUCCAGUCUCCAAAUCUAUACCCCACCUCUCUCCUCUUCGACACUCCAGCCCCUCCUAAAUACCAUACCGCUAAGCAUCACCGAGACCUUGAGCACAUAUUUUGCCACCUCAUCUUCAACUUCAUCCUCGGAUAGCCUCAUUAAAAACACUUUGAAUAAUUAUCUCGAGGAAGUUUUGAAAAACCCGCUCCCACCGCGGCUGACGAAGGAUGAAGCAGAGGGUUGCGAAAUCUGUGGGAGAAGCUGGAUACCGCUCUCGUAUCAACAUUUGAUACCCAGAAGUGUGUACGCGAAGGCUUUGAAGAAGGGAUGGUGGAGUGAGGAGAGGUUGGAGGAUGUUGCUUGGAUUUGUAGAGGGUGUCAUAGUAUGUUGUUUCUUUCUAUGUCUUGCUUUUUAUUCUUAUUUCCGUAUUGUUAUUUUAUGUCAGGAAUAUUUGUCGCUCUUUUACAUAUUUUUUAUUCUCAUCAGACCAUUUCAAUGGAUGGAAAGAGAAGGAAAUGGAGAAGAAGAUUGGAUGAACGAGAAUAACUAACCGAUUUUCAGGUUUCAUACAUAGUGUUGCCACGAACGAGGAGUUGGCUAGGGAGUUCUACAAUGUAGAGAAAUUGCUGGAGCGUGAGGAUGUGCUUGCGUUCGUGAAGUGGAUUGGUGGCGUGAGAUGGAAGCCUAGGUAG